UCUUUUGUCGUUUCAUUGAAUGCCCGAAAAUCUCACAUGGGUUUCUCGUACAUUUGUUCGUUUCUGAAACUUUUACAGUCAAAUGUUUUCUCUCUCUCAUUUACUCACAUGCACGAGUAAUGCUUGAUACCGAACACAGAAAAGUGGAAACUUCAAUCAUUCAGCUUCAAAACGAUGCAAAACAAGCUAUGGCUUGCACUGGUAAUAAUCUACUUGGGUUGAAGGAUUUCCCCAAGGGUCUUCGAGUCCUCCUCCUUGACGACGACAAGGAUUCUUCUCUCAAGAUGAGAUCAAAGCUCGAGGAAAUGGACUACUUGGUUUUCGUUUUCUGCAAUGAGAGAGAAGCGUUGUCAGCAAUUGCAAACAAAACUGAGAGCUUCCAUGUUGCUAUUGUAGAGGUAAGUUCCAGCAACAAGGACGGGGUAUAUAAAUUUCUUGAAGAUUCCAGUGACUUGCCCACCAUAAUGACUUCAAACAUCCAGUGUUUCAGCACCAUGAUGAGAUGUAUUUCGGUAAGACUCAAAGUUCCGAAGCAGGUAGACUGGACACCUGAACUACACAAAAAGUUUGUACAAGCAGUAGAGCAACUUGGCGUGGAUCAGGCGAUCCCUUCCCGGAUAUUAGAAAUAAUGAAAGUGGAAGGUUUAACUAGACAUAACAUAGCAAGUCAUCUCCAGAAAUACAGAAUGCAUAGGCGGCACAUUUUGCCAAAGGCGGAUGACCGGAGGUGGCCUCAUCCUAGAGAUUCAGCACAAAGAAGUCAUUAUCUGCACAAACCUGUCAUGGCAUUUCCACAAUUUCAUUCUAGUCAUGUUCACCCUGCUGGUCAUGCCUAUCCUGCCUGGAUGCCACCGGGAAGUUAUCCGAGUCCUGUCCAAAUGUGGGGUUCACCUUACUAUUCUGGAUGGCAACCUACAGAAAGUUGGCACUGGAAACCUUAUUCUGGGAUGCACGCCGAUGCCUGGGGAUGCCCUGUGAUGCCAUCGCCACAAGGAUCAUGUCUGCCUUUUCAUCAGAAUGCAGCUGGAUUUCACAAUGCUAAUGAAAUGCAUAAUAGAGUUGGCAUGCCUUCAUUUGAUGCAUACCCGGCAGAGGAGAUAAUUGACAAGAUUGUUAAAGAGGCAAUUGACAAGCCAUGGCUGCCCCUCCCAUUAGGCCUAAAGCCUCCUUCAACUGAGACUGUCCUAAAUGAACUCUCCAAAAAAGGCAUCAACUCCAUCCCUCCUCGCAUCAACGGCUCUCAUUUACGCUGACGUGGCUCAAUUUUCUGUCUUUGGUCCACCAGCAGGUGAGCAGACCAACCAAUCAGACCCCAAUUUGAGAACAGGAGUCAGAUGUACAGAGAUCCACUGUAGUGCUGCUCUUUUUCACUUAUGGCAGAAAAUGAGCCACGUACCAUGGAUACCAAAUUGCGGUUGUAAAUAAAAGUAGAGAAAAUCCUAAACCCAUCUAUUUGUCGUAUUGCAACAUCGGAUUUUUGCAGUAAUUGGGUGCUCCAUUUUGUGCUGUUGACACCCUUUUGGUGAAUAAUGAUUUGCAUUAUUUUGGGCACUGUGGGGCUGAGAUAUAAUGAAUGGACCUCUGAAUGAAUGACACUUUUUCUGAAUUUGGGAUAAAGGU